AUGAACACGGUUAAUAGAUAUUUGAAAUUAUUGACAAAACACGGACUGUUCGGAGACGGAGAAAAAAUUACGUAUCUGAAACCGGAAUUGGCAGUGUUUUCCACGCAGAAGCAUACGCGUAUCGUGGACAAAGACACGUACAUAAAAUUUAUAAAUUAUAUGAACGGUAGCCUGUCGAAAUUCAACGCGCCUCUACUGUUUUCGUUUUACACGGGUCUCCGCACCACGGAGAUAUUACAGAUUACCACGUAUCAACUGCACCAGUUAAUCGUAAGAUCGAGCGUCGUGGACGUUAAACGUAAAAACACGUCUGUGAAAAAAACAUCUAUUUUAUGGACGCCUAUAUACACGUCUCAUUUGUUGAAAUUUAUAGACGCUAUGGCCGACCUGUAUAAAAUCGAAAUCUCAGCGUUUUUAUCGUCUAAAAUCGAUGUACGCCUGUUUAAUUUAUCACCCAGCACGCUCGUUAAUCGAAUGUCUGCAGUCUUCGUAGCGUCUACCGGCACCGGCUUGCCGCACGGUUUCGGCGUUCACGGUAAUCGAACGACCGUGUCGAGCAUAAUGUACGAUUCCGCACCAAAUCUGGUAGCGGUUCAAAAAUAUUUACAACACAGCCAUCUGUCCAGCACUCACCGAUACGUGCGCGCAGACGUAAAGACCCUGGCCAAGCAGUUUGAUCGUAUAACUCAAGAGCAUUUCAAAGACGUCAUUGGAAUAUUGCACUUGGACAGUGAUGAUGGUGGUGGUGGUGGUAAUAAAAAACACGACGUAAUAAAUAAAUGA